GUGCGGCAAAGCGAACGAGCGCUCGCGACUUAUACUUAAAUAUCAAUAAGAGAAAAAACACCUAAAGAAUCAGACGAAAUUGUAAAAUGCAGUCGGCAAGUGUGUUGCUUACUGUGGGUACAACGUGGGGUACUGGCAAUGAGAAACGUGAGGAAGAUCUUAUGAGCCAUACACCCGGCAAACAUAUGGCGGUCGCGGCCCGAGAGCUACGAGAAACACCAUCGACCAGAGAACAGGCCCUCAAGAUCAUGAGGGAAUGGAUACAGAAGAACCAUGAUAUAAGAAACGUGAGACAAGAUGACAACUUUUUAUUACGGUUCCUUCGGCAUAAGAAAUACAGUAUACCAAUGGCCCAGCAGACAUUGUUGAAAUAUCUGAGCUUAAGGAAAUAUUACCCGGAGUGUUUCACUAACCUCGAUCACGACGAGGCUAGAGUUGCUGAAAUAUUGGACAGCGGGUACAUAGUGGUGUCACCGGUACGUGACAACAUGGGACGACGAGUCAUCGUUUAUAACAUGAGUCAUUUCAAUGCUAACAAAUUCACUUGCUGGGAUAUGUGUCGGGUACAUAUCGUGGUGUAUGAGAGCCUGUUGGACGACCCAGUAGACCAGAUAAUGGGUUUCACACACGUCGGUGAAGGUACAGGAUUGACCGCCGCCCACAUCACCGCCUGGAACCCAACUGAUUUCGCUAGAAUAUUAAAGUGGGGAGAGCAAUCACUUCCAAUUCGACACAAGGAGUUUCAUCUCGUUAAUAUACCGUCCGGAAUUAAGUAUAUCGUCGAUUUUGCUAUGAGCAAAGUCUCAUCGAAAAUGACCCAAAGACUUAAUAUUCACACAAAUCUCAAACAACUGCAUAAGAGUAUGAAUGUUGCAUGUUUACCGACGAUAUAUGGAGGACCGUUGCAACUUCAAGACAUGAUCUCUCACACAAGACAGUUGCUCUCAGACCAGAAGAAGAAACUCCUAGCUUUAGACGAUAUGGAGAUCCUGAGCACAAGAGGAAUCACAUCUUCUAGAAGCAGGCCAGUUAUCAAAGAUGGAACCGUUUCAAUAGAAGGGAGUUUCAGAAAAUUGGACAUAGAUUAAGCUAAUAAAUGUGUAAAUCUUAAUGUAUUUAUAAGUAUAAGAUUUAAUUUAAGGAAAUAGUAACAUUUUGAGCUUACAAAAUGUUAAAAAACGAGUAAUUCCAAAAUGUUUGAUAGUUAUCAUGACAAUUGUUUCUGUUCGUUGGGUAAAUAAUAAUAAUUUGUUAAUAAUUGACUACUGGGAGUAAAUAAAAAU